GAAAUAUCGUACACAAACACAACGACAGAAUAGUAAUUUACAUUCUUUUCCUAAAAAUUAGAAUAAACCAUCUUUGCAGACUUAUUGGAAUCGACCAAGGUUUUACUCACAGUUCAUCGCCAUCCAUUUGGAACUUGAACAUAAAGUCAAGAUAAGUUAUGACAGCGGUACGGAAAGUGAAAGUUGCUGUGUAUAGUGGAAGUGUAGAAAACAACGUGGCCGGACUCAUCACUGAAAUAAGAGAGAGAAUGGUAGAUUGCGUUGAAGAGGUUAGAUAUGUUCAGCUACCUUACAACAUUAGUGAUAUGCAGAAGAUGAAACUGGAUAAGAAUUACUACAUGUUGCUCUGUCAUUCAAUCAACAAUAGAAGAUUUUCAAUCACCAAUGUCACUGAUGCUCUUUAUGAUGGCUUCCUAAAGAAAUCCAAGAAACGAUUAGGUCGCCGUAGAAUUGGAGUGAUUGCUCAUGACUUUGAUUCUGCCGAGCUCUCUUCGGACAGACUUAACAGUAGGAUGGAUUCCUUCAGAACCAAUCAAGAAAGAACAUUCAGAAAAUCAAUUCUGCAACUAAUCGGCGGACAGCUAUCUCAAUCACCGGUAGAGAUUAAUGAUGAUCAAUGGGAGGAACUCAGAAAAUAUGUCAGAAACGAAUUAAAGAAUCCGAAGCCCCGGAAAACUGGCCGCAGCUGCAUGCUGUAAACCGUAUUGUAUGAACUAUUAUCACACUGUGUCAGAAGUUGUGAAGUAUAUGCAAAGGAAAUUAUUUUGCAUUAUACGGUUAAAUUAUGAUAUUGAUAAUAACAUUUUAGUUCUUAGAAAAGCAUAUACCUAGGCUGUGGAAAUUUUUAGCAUUAUUUAUAUGUAGAUUGUGUACAAAAGACAAUCUUCCUCUAUAUAAGAAGUAAACAUGACGCAAAGAAAAAAAAAAGAAAUCACAGCUUAUACAUGCUUCCAAAUUCAUUCCACAAUUUCUAUACAAUGAACACAUCUAUUCAUUCAUACCCUACACGUAACUCUUCACAUUUUCAUCACGGUCCCGAUUUAUGAAACUCUCUAGUCUCUACCAGAGUCCAUAAAAAGAUGCUCAUCUCUUUACUCAUUUAAGGCAAACGUUAAAUCCAUGUUAAUAUCAGAAUACUUAAAGUAAGUUUUCUGUGUCAGUAUUUCAGUUAAUCAUUAAAUCAUUUAAUCAUUUAAUCAUUACAAGCGUGUACGUACCGUACCGUACCGUACCGUACCGUACCGUACCGUACAAGCGUGUACGUAUACCGUACACGCUUUAUUGUCUUUUGUUGAGAAAGUCUCUCACUCAAUUGAUUUAUCGUCCCACACUAUAGGUAUAUUCCUGGACUUCUCCAUGGCCUUCGACACCAUCAACCAUGACAUUUUACUUUAUAAACUGUCGCACUAUGGUGUGCGUGGGAAGGCCUUGGAGUGGUUCAGGAGUUAUUUACUAAAUAGGAAACAAUAUCUAUCUCUAAAUGAAUAUGAAUCUGAACUACGAAACACCAGUUGCGGUGUACCGCAAGGAAGUUUACUUGACCCUCUUCUUUUUGUUUUGUACAUAAAUGACUUCUAUAGAUCAUCAAACUCCUUAUCAUUUAUAUUAUUUGCUGAUGAUACCAAUAUUUUCUUUUCACAUAAAGAUCCAAAUAUUUUAGUUGAUACAGUUAAUACUGAGUUAUUAAGUAUAUCGCAAUGGAUACAUGCGAACAAACUUUCACUUAAUUUACAAAAGACAAAUUACAUGCUAUUUAGCAACUCUUUAGAUUCAUUACCUUCAGAUAUAAUUCUAAACAACACACCAUUAAAACAGGUCUCUCAUACUGAAUUUUUGGGGGUCAUAGUCAUGGGUGUCGAUCACGGGGGGGGGAUGGGGGGGAUAUAUCCCCCCAAUAUUUCAAGUGGGGGGGAUGGCCUGUAUUAUCAUCCCCCCAAUCAGUGGCGUACCGUGGGUCACGGCAUUGGGGGGGCACCAGCAAAAAUUUUGAGUCGCUCAGUGAGCGCGCUCAAUUACCAGGUAUAGGCCUAUUGACCUUAUAUAGAGACAUUUUAAGGACUGUGCCAUUAAACGGAUAUGUAAUGUAUCUCACUGAUCAAAUGAUGCGAGCGCGAAGCGCGAGCUGAAAAUUUUUGAAAUUCAUAUCUAAAAAGGGUAAAAAUAAGCUAUUAAAUGAAAAUAAAAAAAUACGUAUCUGUCUCGCUAAACAAACAAUGCGAGCGCGAAGCGCGAGCUGAAAUUUUUGUAUUUAUUGACCCCAAACAGAGACAGUUUAAGGAAUAUUUUUUAGAAAUCAAAUAAGAGAAUACAUAUCUCACCAUACUCAUCUAAUUUGAGUGCCAAGCGCUUGCUGAUUUUGUUAGAAAACAUGCAACACCUUUUGUAGUCAUUGUAAUUUAUUUAUUGAGCCAUGCUAGUAACUCGGUCUCUUAGUAACUGGAUGAUACAUGUUCUUCUUAUCUCCACGUACCUUUUUCUCUAUUGUAUUUUUCUCACUCUCCUUAUAUUCUUUCUAUGUCACUUCUCUAUUAUUCUCGUUAUACCUUCUGUCCAAUCUUCUACUUUGAUCAUCUUUCACACUGCAAAGAAUCCCUUUUCAUGCCUUUCCUGCCAUAUAAAUGCAAUUACGAUGGAUGAAAUAGAAAUUAGGUAAAUAUAACAAUUAACUACAAAUUGUAUACAAUCACACAUAUCCUAUUCUAAUUUAUAUCAUUCAUUAAUAUUAUUUCUGAAAGUAGCUUAUUGUAAUAUGAUCAGUUACAUGACUAGUUUAGACCGGAUUUGCUCCUACCAAAUGUCUUUUUUUUUUCUUUUACUUUAUUUUGUUGCUAGCCUAAAAUGAACUGUUUUGUUUUUUUAUAUUUUCGUUGACCAUAACUUAACAAAAAUGAACAUAUAUUGUAGUCAUGAAUUAUGUUGUAAAUAUUUGUUUUCUAUCAUUACGCAUUGACAAGUAGCAUGCAAUAUUAUAUCAUUUUGUACUGAUCUUUCAUAUCACCUUCGAAUGUUUUUCAUGUAUAUUUAUGUAUGUAUUUCAUGUUAUGCAGGGCCUCCAAGUAUAACAGUAUUGUAAUUACUGAUGGGGCUACCCUGUUGAAUAAAGACG